AUGUCCCAGGACCAGCAAUCUUGCGGCCAACGUCGUAAACCGGUUGAUGCCUUACAACUUGGACCCAGGAAAAGGCCUGCGACGGACCCAUUGGUUCAUUACAGUCAUCAUUUCGGCCGAACCGUCCAUGCUUUAUGCAACUUCCAAGCCCUUCUUACAAACGGAAUUUUACGGAUGGGAGAGUUGGCUGACACUCCAGAAGAAAAUUUCACCGCCGAGUAUUUUACUUUCCCCCAGAAGCUUCUGAAGUCUGUGGCAGGCCUGGAAGAACAUUUGAUGCAAAGCGAAGGCGGUGAAGAUGAGGUUGAUGUCAUUGCAGAGCUGCUCACCAAAGGCGCAUCUGGAGCAAGGGGUGAUGACACUAAAAGUCUCAAAGGAAGUGUGCUCGAUUGGAUUACCCCAAAGGGACAAAGUCUCGUUCCUCCUCUUGCUCACAACAUGAAAAUUGACCGUGGCUUUCAUCAUGAAUGGACAGGCGCAUUACUUUGUCCUGCUGGCCUCAACUGGUCUAACUCCAAGAUGAAAACUAAACUAAAGAAUGGCGAAAUCAUCGUAACCAGAGACCAAUGGCCAUUGUUCUUGUAUGCAGACUAUCAUUAUGAUCCUGAGGAUCCUUGGAACGUUUGUGCAUAUAAACACGUCUUUACGUCCCCCAGUUCUGUGGACAAAGAACCAAAGGCGACUCGUUCAGUCACAUUGCCCUCCAUCACAUAUAUUGCAAUGCAGGUCCGAUUCACCCUCACUUCAUCGCCUGUGUUUUCGCAUACAGACACAGUUACCGACUCUGAAAGGUUCUAUAAUUCCAUUUUUGAUAUUUUUGAAGACUCGGAUGAGAAGCAAGAAGUGGAUGACCUUGCCAUUUGGUGGAACAGGCAAAUUUUCCCUUCAUACUCAACCGCUCAACGUCCUCUCAUGAAGAAUAGUGCGCUGGCAAGAAUUCGGGAGAAGCGAGCACAAAUGAAGGAGCUUUCAGUGACUGAUGGUGAUGGGGGCAGUGUGUAG